GGCUCCCUGCAUCUCCAGCUCCACGUCAAGCCCGGUGCCAGCAAGAACCGCGAGGGCGUCAUAGCCGUCACCGACGAUGCCAUCGAGCUCUGCGUCGCCGCUCAGGCCCGUGAGGGUGAGGCAAACAAGGCCGUCGUACAGGUCCUCAGCUCGGUCCUAGGGGUGCCAAAGUCGAGCCUACAGCUGACACAUGGUCUCAAGUCACGCGACAAGACUGUUGUGUUG